AUGGCUACGACUUCCCUCAUGUCCAGGUUGGCUGCCUGGCUGCUGCAGCCCGUGCACAGCUGCUCCCUCUGCCCUCGCCCCUUCCACCUCGCGGAAGUUCCAGAUGAAGCUGUUGUAAUUUCUGGAAGGAAACUGGCCCAGCAGAUCAAGCAGGAAGUGCGGCAGGAGGUAGAAGAGUGGGUGGCCUCAGGCGACAAACGGCCACACCUGAGCAUGAUCCUGGUUGGCGAGAGUUCUGCAAGUCACUCCUACGUCCUCAACAAAACCAGGGUAGCUGCAGAUGUGGGAAUCAACAGUGAGACAAUUGUGAAACCAGCUUCAAUUUCAGAGGAAGAAUUGUUGAAUUUAAUCAGCAAACUGAAUGAUGAUGAUAAUGUAGAUGGCCUCCUUGUUCAGCUGCCUCUUCGACAUAUUGAUGAGAGAAGGAUCUGCAAUGCUGUUUCUCCAGACAAGGAUGCUGAUGGCUUUCAUGUAAUUAAUGCAGGGCGAAUGUGUUUGGACCAGUAUUCCAUGUUACCGGCUACCCCAUGGGGUGUGUGGGAAAUAAUUAAGCGAACUGACAUUCCAACCCUAGGGAAGAAUGUGGUUGUGGCUGGAAGGUCAAAAAGUGUUGAAAUGCCCAUUGCAAUGUUACUGCACACAGAUGGGGCGCAUGAACGUCCCGGAGGUGAUGCCACUGUUACAAUAUCUCAUCGAUAUACUCCCAAAGAACAGUUGAAGAAACAUACAAUUCUUGCAGAUAUUGUAAUAUCUGCUGCAGGUAUUCCAAAUCUGAUCACAGCAGAUAUGAUCAAGGAAGAAGCAGCAGUCAUUGAUGUGGGAAUAAAUAGAGUUCAUGGUCCUGUAACUGCCAAACUGAAGUUGGUUGGAGAUGUGGAUUUUGAAGGAGUCAGACAAAAAGCCGGUUAUAUCACUCCAGUUCCUGGAGGUGUUGGCCCCAUGACAGUGGCAAUGCUAAUGAAGAAUACCAUUAUGGCCGGGCGCGACAGGGUCGUUGCAACAGCUAAGUCGUCAUGGCUGAUAGAAUACGUGUCCUACUGCCCUAAAACUCUGGAGGAUCCUUUUGAGCAUGAACAUUACAGUGUUCUGGAAGCCCAGAGACUCUCCACAUCUUUAUUUUGGCCAGACUUCCCAGGCCAGGCACCUGACAUCAAGCGGCUGAAGACUGACACUGCCCAAUCACCUCAAAAGCCCUCUAGACCAUCACAGAUGCCAAGCUUCAGGACUCAGCCCGCCUACACCCAGUUGAUUAAGAAGUUUUAUUGCUCACACAAAGCCUGUUUGGUGGUCCCUUCACAUGGACGCGAGUGA